GGCGGGGCGGUGUGGGGUCGCAGGAUGAUGCUCUCGCGGGCCAAGCCGGCCGUGGGGGGUACCCCGCCUCCGGGAGACAGGCGGAGGAAGAAAGGGAAGGAGGUGCCACAGUUGGAAGAACUCUUGGCCCAGAGAGACUUCACCGGCGCGAUCGCCUUGCUGGAGUUUAAACAGCACGUGGGUGAGGAGGAGGAGGAGGAUGGCAACCUUUGGGUCGGAUACUGUGCAUUUCAUUUGGGUGACUACAAGAGAGCUCUAGAGGAAUAUGAGGCUUUAACCAAGCAACCAACUUGUAAUCCAGAUGUUUGGGUGAACCUUGCUUGUACAUACUUCCUUCUGGGGAUGUACACACAAGCAGAGCAAGCAGCUUUGAAAGCACCUAAGAGUGGUCUCCAGAACCGUUUACUCUUUCACCUGGCACAUAAGUUCAGUGAUGAAAAGAAACUGAUGAGCUCUCACCAAAACCUGCAAGAUGUUACAGAAGAUCAGCUUAGCCUGGCAUCUAUCCACUACAUGCGGUCCCAUUACCAAGAAGCUAUUGAUAUCUACAAGCGCAUUCUGCUGGAUAAUCGGGAAUACCUGGCUCUGAAUGUAUAUGUGGCCCUGUGCUAUUACAAACUGGAUUACUAUGAUGUGUCACAGGAAGUGCUAGCUGUUUAUCUUCAGCAAGUUCCUGACAGCACCAUUGCUCUUAACCUUAAGGCUUGUAACCAUUUCCGACUUUACAAUGGAAAGGCUGCAGAGGCAGAGCUCAAGAACUUGACAGAUAGUGCCUCAUCAUCUUUUGAGUUUGGCAAGGAGCUCAUUAAGCACAAUCUGGUGGUUUUCCGAGGAGGAGAAGGGGCUUUGCAAGUCCUACCUCCUCUGGUUGAUGUUAUUCCUGAGGCAAGACUGAAUCUUGUGAUUUACCAUCUCCAGCAAGAUGAUGUGCAGGAGGCUUAUAACCUGAUUAAGGACCUGGAACCUACAGCUCCACAGGAGUACAUCCUCAAAGGGGUGGUAAAUGCAGCACUUGGACAAGAAAUGGGCUCGAGAGAUCAUCUGAAAAUUGCUCAACAGUUUUUCCAGUUGGUGGGGGAAUCAGCCAGUGAAUGUGAUACCAUUCCAGGGAGACAGUGCAUGUCCUCCUGCUUCUUUCUUCUUAGACAAUUUCCUAAUGUCCUAAUUUACCUCAACUCAAUCAAGGAAUAAACUUCCGUAGAAUCUCUGCAGCUCUUAAAAUGGGGCUGCCCUCUAUGAAGAUUGUUUGCUUGGUAUUCUCUCGGGAAGCACCACUUUCAUCCAUGAUCAAUUAAAACUGCUUUAGGCAUAAGAAAGUCUCAGAGGACACUUUACUAUAAAUGUAUUGCCAGCUGCCCCGAGGGUGACAUUAUAACACUGUCAGGGAUUAACUGAGUAAAAAACAACCUGAUUCAGGCUCCACUGAGUUGUGGCCACAAUGGGAAUUCUUCAUUUUUAAGCUGGAUAUCUGAGCAUCUCAUUGAAAUGGACAUCACACAGAGGACGGUUGGUUUUAUGAAAACAUUGAAGACCUCUAAAAAUACCACAAGAGAGU